CCGUAAUGUUCUCCGGGAGCGUAGGCUAGUGUGACGUCACGGUAGCCUAGUUGGGUUAGGUUUUACGCUGGAAAUUCUAACGAAAAAUUUUUGUUUGACGAUUGAUGUUUUCCUCGUCGCAUUUAACGAACUGAACGACGUAACGAGCUGACGUAGUGGCGACCGGUGAUCGUGUUUUAUAAGUCGUGCGAUCGCGAAACCCCGCGCUGUCGACGUAUAUGAAAUUUUAAACGGAAAAUGAGUCGACAUGAAGGGGUAAGCUGUGACUCCUGCUUAAAGGGUAAUUUUCGGGGUCGCAGAUAUAAGUGCCUCGUAUGCUACGAUUAUGAUUUAUGUGCUACCUGCUAUGAAGGUGGUGCAAGUACUACACGCCACCUUACCGAUCAUCCUAUGCAGUGCAUUCUUACAAGAUCUGAUUUUGACUUAUAUUACGGUGGGGAAGGUGUCAGUGUAGAGCAACCUCAAUCUUUAACUUGUCCUUAUUGCACAAGAAUGGGUUUUACAGAAGCUACUUUGCAAGAACACGUUGCUGCAGAUCAUUCAGACGCUUCAUUUGAAAUUGUUUGUCCAGUUUGUGCAGCCUUACCAGGUGGUGAUCCAAAUAAUGUAACAGAUGAUUUUGCUGGUCAUUUGACAUUAGAACAUCGUAGUGGGCCAAGAGAUCUCAUUUCUCUUUUGGAUGAGCCAGCUACAAAUCGACAUGGAGUUAGACGAAUACCACACCCAACUAGAGGUGUAGGAGGGCAACGUCCGCGCAGGUCCAACAUGCAUUUCAGUUCGUCUGGGGGCUUAAGUCCAAGUAGUCGAGAGGGUAUAGAUCCAAUAGCAGAAUUGUUAUCGCAACUGUCGGGAGUUCGUCGAACUGGUAGUGGAACUGGACAGAGUUCUUCUGCACCAUCUCAGCUACAACAGUUGCAAAUGCAGUUACAAUUGGAACGGCAGCAAGUUAGAGCUGCUAGGCAACAGCUGGAACGGUUGCCCAGGAGACAGACACAGGUUAUUGGUACAGUUAGUGGAGGUGGUGGUACAAGUGGUGGUCACUCUACUACUAUGGCCAGUGUAGUGGCAAGCAGUACAAGUAGUAACAAUAAUGCAACCAAUGCGGCCAACUCAUCUGUUGUUUCAUCUACCAACUCACAGAACUCAAUGUUUUUGUUGCCUAGAUGCAUUGCAACUACACUAUCUGAUUCGCAAUUGCAAAAUAUUGAACGCGAGAGUGCAAACAGAAGCCUCUUCGUACGUGAAAUUACGCUUGGGACGCUUUCGCAAACAUUGCCAGAUUUGCUACAGCAACAACUGUCUAUUGCACAGACCCCGAUAUCAAGUGCAACUACUGCCACGACAAGUCCUGAGACACCAAAUGCUUCCACGAUUUCCACGAAAAAAUUAAAUGUAACUCAAGAAACAAAACGAGAUCAGACAUCAAGUAAACAUGUAACGCCACCGCCUGUGCAGCCACAACAACAAUCGCACAUUGUCCAAGCUGCAACUGGUAGUGUAGUAGGAACAGGUCUGCAAACUCAAGCAUUAUCUACAAAUUCUACUAGUAUCACGUCGCAGAAUCAACCUAUGGUUCAAACGUUGAUGCAUACUGUACUACCCCAACCACUGGUACUGCAGCAGCCACUGCCUCCACCAAUUAGGAAUACCGGUACUGGGACCAUCAGAGAACCCAUAGCAAGCCCAGCACCUGCAUAUAUGAGAGGUGGAGUGGGUCCGGUUGGUGUUACAGGUCCUUCACGUAGAAAGCCAGUUAGGGCUGUAGAUGGAAGAAACCAAUCUACGGAACCUCCACCCCCGCACUAACCCCUCCUUAGCCUAUACCCAUCCACCCAGAUUCCUCACAGGACCCUCUAGCACUAGUCCUAGCACUGUUUAGAACACCUCAUCAUUAUUGUUAUUAUUAUUAUAAUAUUAUAUAUUAAUAAUUAUUCAAAUGUCCCCUCCUGGUCCUCUUUGCCCUUCUAUUUUCCAAACUCUAAUCUCGUUACCUUUUACCAUUAUGUGACAUGGAACAAGGGCAAGGGCUAAUUUCAUUGUUGUAUGCAGAAAAUGUAUAUAACUUCUUGCAGUUAUGCUCGGGAUAUGAUUUCUUUGUUUAAUUUUCUUUUUUUCGAUUACAGCAAGUCUUGCCACGUUCUUUUAAACAACUAGAUGAAUUUAUCAAUAAUUUAAUUUCAUUCAAAUUAAUGGAUUCCCUUUUGAACAGCAACAACAGUAUAUGUUUAACGGUUUCGUAUAUAAUGAAAUGAUGGAUCUUUAAAACAUCAGCGGAAGAAUAUUUGGUACCCGAUUAUUUGAAAAUUACGAUACCAUGCGUGUCAUAUUAUUUAAUUAUUUCAUUGCUUCUUAUAUGAAAGUAGCAAAAAUAAGUUUUACGUCAAUUAAAACACAAUUGACUAUUAUUUUCGAGUAGUAAUAUGUUUAUCUACUAUUUACUCAAAAAGAUACAAUAUAUUUAUAAAAUAUUCAUAAUCAAUAUGCCUGGGUUGGUCCAUGAUACUACUAAUUUUUUAAUUUAUCAUUUUCCGCUCCUUUCUCCUUACGUAAUUUAUCUGUAACGAGAAAGAAUUUGUGUCAAUAUUAAUAUACUAAUCACUGCUCAUAUAUUAGGUUGUUCAUUUAGUUAUACAUUAUUUCUUUUGCGAUUUUUUAAUACUAACUAUAUGUUUAAAUUUAGUGUUACGUCUUACUGUAAAACUUGAAAUAAAUUAAUUUAGGUUUCAAUGAAAUUAUAGUUUUCAA